UUAAAACUGACACGAUAAAACAACAAUUUGUUAUCGGACGUGUAUCAGUUUAGAGAAGGAUACAGAUUCGUACUGCGCCCCAUCAGAAUGGCUGCUGCCACAACCCUCGUUUUUCUACUGUCCGUGGUAACUCCUCUGACCCAGGCCUGGUGGAUAUUUGGAAAUAAAGAACGCCCAGUCCAGGCUGUUGGAGCGGUAGACCCUGACUGCAUCCGUCAUGCUGAGCUGGGAUCCUGUGAGUUCUACGCAUGUCUGGAGAGGAGGUUCCCAUGCGGAACAGACUCUUACCCGCUGACACACGGAGCUUACUACUGUCACAAAUUCCAAAAUUAUCUGCACAUGUUUAACGAACAGGGCCGCCGAUGGGUACGUAAUUCCCGCCAGUGUUUGACACGGAACCUGAGAGCAACGUACACGCUGAGCGAAGUCACGUGCAGAGAUAUUUCCCGGGAAAGGUUUCGUACAGUGUCCAAUUGUUUCGUCAGUCGAGGAUUUUGCAGCAUAAUGUGGAAUAAUAAGGAAGCUCUGUUAAAGGUCUUUGAGGCUGAAGAUCUAGUGGACAGACAAGUAGCAAUCAGGGUCUGGAGAGAGAUAUUUGACAUUGCCAGAGGUUGUGCCGGCAGGAACAUUGAGCGUUUUAUUGAAUGGGCGUUGGAUACACAGUUGCCUCUGCAUGGGUAGAAAUUUAGCCUACUCAUUGGUCUGCGUCUAUCCACUUCACACUAUCUACUGAUACAGGAUAUAUUAAUAUUAGUAUAUAGCUGAACAUAA